CUUCAGAUGAGGAAGUGAGAAUGAAAGAGCGCAGUUGUGAAAGAUGAAGCUCCCCCCCACCAAAAAAAAAAACAAAAAACAAACAAAAAAAAAAAAGCUGCAUUAUAGUGUGACUAGUUAAGAAGCAGGACAGACAGGACUAGUCAAGAUGCACAGCUACCAGGCCUGGUGUCAUGGGAAUAUCACCCGGUCCAAGACGGAGGAUCUGCUCUCCAAGGCAGCCAUAGACGGAAGCUUCCUCAUUCGGGAUAGCGAGUCCAUACAAGGGGCAUUUGCUUUGUGUGUUUUAUUUCAGAACCAGGUGUACACGUACAGAAUCCUUCCCAAUGAGGACAAGAAGCUGUCGGUCCAGGCAUCAGAAGGAGUUCCCAUCAGAUUCUUCUCCGUGCUUAAAGAGCUGGUGGAGGCCUACCACAACCCCAACAUGGGGCUCAUCACGCAUCUCCAGUAUGGCGUCCAAAGGGAGGAAGAGGUCGAGGAGGAACCAGAAUUCAACAAUCCUCCACCACAGCUUCCACCGAGGAACUACACAGCCAGUGACGUGAAAGACGGUGAUGCCAAGUCCUCCGAGCAGAGCAGCAAAUGCCUGUCAGACACCUUCCUCAUGAGUCUUCAGCAGAUGGACAUGUCCAUGAUACCGGAGGAGCAGCAAGCCCUCAUUUUAGACUAUUUCAGAACCUCCAUCUGUCUGGAUGCUGAACAAGUCCAGAAUGGGAACCCCAGCCUUCCUGGUCUCAAGAAGCUCACAGUGGCACUCUGCAAGAAUCUAAACAGUGAAAUUUCCCGCAUUCUACCAGCUCUGGAGGUUUGCCACAGAGCGUUGGACCAGCAGCUCUCGCCGGGCAUUGGACAGCUUCCAAAACAAUUUCCUGCAGAUUCAGGACAUUCUGUAACCUGGAGGCUGGAGCAACUGACAAAACUGCUCUACUCCAUCGAAGAUAAAGGUAUAAACGCUGUGUUUCACUCCGUCGGCUAUGAUGGACGCCACAGAAAGUCCCUUAUACCGCCAGUUAUCUUUGAGGUUAAGCAAGAAUCUCUGGGAAUUCCCACCAAGAUGUUCAUGAAAGUGGACGUGGAAGGUGGGAAGCUCCACAUCAAGAAGGCAAAGGACGGGCCUGAAGACAAGUACUUUGUGCACAACAAAAUCAGACAGCUGGUGAAGUCAUUGAAGAUGCAUACCAAACUAGUCAUCGUGGUGGAGACAGAGAAAGAGAAGAUUUUACGCAAGGAGUUUGGAUUUGAGAACACCAAGAAAAGAGAAGGCUUCUGUCAGCUUCUUCAACAAAUGAAGAACAAACAUUCGGAAAAGCCAGAACCGGACAUGAUCAACGUGUUUGUUGGGACCUGGAAUAUGGGAAACGCAAGUCCACCGCACAACAUGAACUCCUGGUUUCAGUGUAAAGGCCAAGGGAAGACACAGGAUGACACGGCCGACCACAUACCACAUGACUUUUACGUGAUCGGGACACAAGAGGAUCCUCUGGGCGAAAGGGAGUGGGCUGACAUGGUGAAAGGCAUCUUGAGGGAUAUCACAAAUAUCAGCUUCAAACAGGUAGCAAUUCAAACACUGUGGAACAUUCGGAUUAUGGUCCUUGCCAAGCCGGAGCAUACAAACAGGAUCUCGCAUGUUUUCUCUGACAGUGUCAAAACAGGAAUCGCUAACACUUUGGGAAACAAAGGAGCAGUAGGAGUGUCUUUCAUGUUCAAUGGAACUUCCUUCGGUUUUGUCAACAGCCACUUGACAUCAGGAAGUGAGAAAAAGCUCAGGCGUAACCAAAACUACUUAAACAUUUUGCGAUUCCUCAAUCUGGGAGAUAAGAAGCUCAAUCCGUUUGACAUCACCCAUCAGUUCACACAUCUCUUCUGGCUCGGCGAUCUCAACUAUAGGGUGGACUUACCAAAUACGGAAGCAGAUUAUGUGUUAUCAAAGAUCAAGCAGCAGCAGUACCAGGAACUCCUGUGCAGAGACCAGCUUAACAUGGAGAUCAACGAGGACAGGGUCUUCUUGCAUUUUGCUGAGGAGGAGAUCACAUUUCCGCCCACCUAUCGCUUUGAGCGCUACACGCGCGACAAGUACGCCUACACAAAGGCCAAAACCACAGGGACCAAGUAUAAUUUGCCGUCAUGGUGCGAUCGUGUCCUGCGGAAGUCGUACCCCCUGGUCCACGUGGUCUGCCAAGCUUAUGGCUGCACAAACGAUAUUAUGACCAGUGACCACUCACCAGUAUUCGCCUCCUUUGAAGUGGGCGUGGCCUCGCAGUUUGUCUCCAAGGGAGAUCCAGACAGCACACCCCAGGGCGGCAUCCAGAUCAUGAACUGCAUGGCCACCCUGUUGACAAAGUCAAAGACAAAGUUCUUUAUUGAGUACCACUCCAGCUGCUUGGAGAAAACUGUCAGGACCUGCGAAGGUGACAACACGGAGCAUUUGGACGGGUCCAUCAAAGUUUGGUUCGGCAACCAAGUUGAGCUUACACCGAUCAUUUUGGAUGCUGAGUACCUUCUGGACCAACAUAUCCUCAUCUGCGUCAAGUCCACCGACUCGGACGAGUCUUAUGGUGAGGGGUGCGUGGCCCUACGCGCUGCCCAGUUCUGCUACACAGAGUUUCAGGUGGCGCUCACACACCAUGGUGAGAAAUCCGGCAUUUUGACUGGCGGUAUACAACUACAUACCUCCGAAGGGAAAACCACAGAGAAGUUAUAUGACUUUGUCAAAGUGGAAAGAGAUGACUCUAAAGGGAAAAGUGGCGACAGGAUUCCGGCCAGUCAUAUGGCACAUGACAUAUCCAACCCGAGCUACAUGGAGGUGUCCUACAGGAGCGGCAAAGUGAUUGACAAGGGCUGGAGUUACACCAUGCCGCCCAAGGGCCUGCCCAUCGGCGCCCAAGUCGGAGUAGACUCCAAGAAGAGUCCCACAGGAAAACCUUUAAAGCCACCGGGUGUGGAGGCGUCGGAGAUGUUCGACAAUCCACUCUAUGGAUCCUUGGGAACAUCACAAAGUCAAUCCAAGGACCACGAUACCCUCCAGAAGAACCAUCUUCUGCAACCAGAUCCCGUUUUAGGACCUAAUCCACCAGACGGAGAAGUCGAACGCCCCCCGGUGCCUACCCCUCGCUGUCGUUCCUUCACCUGCUCCGAGUCUAAGCCUCCCCUUCCAGCUGCCGUUGCACACCACAAGAAGCCAGUGGUUCCGUCACGCUCGCAGGGCUGUGUGGUCAACAGCCGACCGCCGUUGCCCAAAAAGACCCCCAUACCUAAUGACUAUAGGGACAACUCUGAACUCCCCAUCAAGCAGAGACCUCCAACGAGAGCUGUUCAGAUGCAAAAAGACGCACCUCCCAACGUUCCCAAAACAGGCCAUUCCGUGAAGUGAGAUUAGGUCACAGCUGAGGACACCGCUUUCCCUCUGCGCAAAGAUUCCUCCGUUUUUUGUGCCUCAUUUCUGCUGCGCUGAAUCCUACUAAUAUAUUUUUUACACCCACGCAGCCACUGAAUGUUUACAGUUGGAGCUUGGACAUAUUGUACGUUUGAUGCUACUAAGAUUUAUGAUCAUUGCUCCAAUAAAUUUAACUACAAAA